AUGAUGGCUCUGGGUAGAGCUUUCGCUAUAGUUUUCUGCUUACUUCAAGCUGCUUCUGGAGAAAGUGGCAAUGCCCAGGAUGGAGAUCUAGAGGAUGCGGAACCAGAUGAUCACUCCUUCUGGUGCUACAGCCAGCUGGAAGUGGAUGGAAAUCAGCACUCACUGACUUGUGCUUUUAAUGACCCAGACAUCAAAACCACUAAUCUGGAAUUUCAAAUAUGUGGGGCUCUUUUAGGCAUAGAUUGCCUAACUCUUAAUAAGCUACAAGAGAUGUAUUUUAUAAAGACAUCAAAAUUCUUACUGAUUGGUAACAGCAGUGUAUGUGUGAAGCUUGGAAAAAAGGAUGUAAUUUGCAAAAUUUUGGACAUAACCACAAUAGUUAAACCUGAGGCGCCUUCUAACCUGAAAGUAGUUUAUCGAAAAGAAGCAAAUGACUUUUUGGUAACAUUUAAUACAUCUCACUCGACAAAGAAAUAUGUAACAGCAUUAAAGCAUGAUGUGGCCUACCGCCCAGAAAGGGGUGAAAGUAACUGGACGCAUGUAUAUUUAUCCCAUACAAGAACAACAAUCCUACAGAGAAAACUACAACCAAAAGCAGUGUAUGAAAUCAAAGUCCGAUCCAUUCCCAAUCACGAAUACUUCAAAGGCUUCUGGAGUGAGUGGAGUCCAAGUUCUACAUUUGAAACACCAGAUUCCAAGUAUCAAGGGGGAUGGGAUCCGGUUUUGCCAAGUAUCAUCCUUCUGAGUUUGUUCUCUAUGGUUUUGUUGGUCAUUUUAGCCCAUGUGCUAUGGAAAAAAAGGAUUAAACCUGUUGUAUGGCCUAGUCUCCCUGAUCAUAAGAAAACUCUGGAACAACUAUGUAAGAAGCCAAAAAAGAAUCUGAAUGUGAGUUUCAAUCCUGAAAGUUUCCUGGACUGCCAGAUUCAUGAGGUGAAUGGCAUUCAAGCCAGGGAUGAAGUGGAAAGCUUUCUGCAAAAUGAUCUUCCUCCAUGGCCUGGGGAGCUGGAGAAGCAGGGACAUAGAGUAGCUGUACACGGUGCAAACUGGCCAUCUGAGAUUUCAGGCGGCACACCAGAAACGUUCCGAAGAGAAUCGCCCCUAAGAUGCCUGGCUAGAAAUCUAAGUACAUGCAAUACCCCUGCAUUCCUUUCCUCUAGGUCCCCUGACUACAGAGAAGGUGACGGGAAUAGGCCUCAUGUGUAUCAAGACUUGCUGCCAAGCUCCAGAAACACAAAUGGCACUGUCCCUCAACCAUUUCCUCUCCAGUCAGGAAUCCUGAUACCAGUUUCUCAAGGACAGCCCAUCUCUACUUCUUCAGUAUUGAAUCAAGAAGAAGCAUAUGUCACUAUGUCUAGCUUUUACCAAAACAAAUGAAUUAUAAGGAACCUGAGACCCCUUCCGAGGAAAACCAAAUGAUCACUGAGACGGAAAGUCUGGAAUGCUUGUCUCCCUCAUAGCUCUUAGAAGAGAAAGUCAACAUGGCCUUGCUACACAUCUUCAGCAUUCUAAGAAAUCAUUUUGAUCUCCUAGCUCAAAAGCAUUUAUUCAAAGCAGGAAGAAUCUGUUUUCCCCUUGUUGGAUUAGUCAUAUGAGUACAAAUGACCCAAUUAAAAUUGUAAAACUCAAUUAAAUGAAGAGUAAAGGGAAAGAUAGAAAGAGGUGAUGGAUACAGGAAGAAGAGAAGGAUGUCAGUGGUGGGUCUAUCAUUAGGACUUACUAUAUAUCCAGCAGUACACAACAGCUCUCAUUUCUUCCUCACAAUAAUACUACAAUGUGGGUUCAUCCAUUAGAAUUGUUAUUUUCUUUGUCAUAGAUGCUGAAGUUGAAAGUAGAAAUUUUUAAGUAAUGUCCAGGUUUUUCUUCCAGCAACAGAUGAAGCAUGCAUUCCAACUUCAACCCUCCCUGGCCAUGAACCUGUCCUACUACUGAGUAUCAAACAUCACCACUAAGUGGGUGGUUACAGUCAGAAUCCAAACUGGGUCAUUUUGGAAAGGGAAAGUUAGAAAAAAUUAAUAGCAAGCAUAAACUGUAUCUUUCUCAGAGAGAUGUGGAUACAUGGUCACUUCACGUAAAGUGUCUAUGAGGAUGAACAUAGAGGACAAAAUACACUUAUGGGAGUGAAAUACUGUGACCAUGUGUCAAAGAAGUGGGAGAAAGAAAAAAGGCACCAAGCUCAUUUGAUUUUGUUUUCUUUCACUUGAAAACGAACCCAAAAAGUAAUAAGUUAUAAGUCAAGAAGUUCCAGAGUCAGUUAUCUAGACCAUGAUCUUCCUGCUGCUAUUACCCAUCGGCUUCCCUGUGAGAUCAUAUGGGGAGCUAUGGCCAACCUACAUCAGAGCAACAUUUAAC